UUUAUGAGCCGACAUUUCUUGUACUACUGCAGUGAACCUAUUCUAGAUGUGAAGAUUGCGUUUUGUCAGGGCUUUGGUAAACACGUGGAUGUUUCAUAUAUCGCUAAACAUUACAACAUGAGUAAAAGCAAGGUGGACAACCAGUUCUACAGUGUUGAAGUAGGCGAUUCUACCUUCACAGUUCUCAAACGCUACCAGAAUCUAAAGCCGAUUGGCUCUGGAGCUCAGGGAAUUGUAUGUGCUUCAUAUGAUGCUCUACUUGAUAGAAAUGUGGCCAUUAAGAAACUCAGCAGACCAUUUCAGAACCAGACGCAUGCCAAACGGGCUUACCGAGAGCUUGUACUCAUGAAAUGUGUCAACCACAAAAAUAUCAUCAGUUUGUUAAAUGUAUUUACACCCCAAAAAUCGCUAGAUGAAUUCCAGGAUGUUUAUUUAGUUAUGGAAUUGAUGGAUGCCAACCUAUGUCAGGUAAUUCAAAUGGAACUGGAUCACGAGCGGAUGUCCUACCUAUUAUACCAGAUGCUGUGUGGCAUCAAGCACCUCCAUUCUGCUGGCAUUAUUCACCGGGAUCUAAAACCAAGCAACAUAGUGGUAAAGUCAGACUGCACAUUAAAAAUCCUUGACUUUGGACUGGCAAGGACAGCUGGAACAAGCUUCAUGAUGACUCCUUAUGUAGUAACCCGAUAUUACAGAGCACCAGAAGUUAUUCUGGGAAUGGGGUACAAAGAAAAUGUGGAUAUUUGGUCUGUUGGGUGCAUUAUGGGAGAAAUGGUCCGCCACAAAAUUCUUUUUCCAGGAAGGGACUAUAUUGACCAAUGGAAUAAGGUAAUUGAGCAGCUGGGAACACCUUCCCCAGAGUUCAUGAAGAAACUUCAACCCACUGUCCGUAACUAUGUGGAAAAUAGGCCCAAGUACACGGGACACUCUUUCCCCAAGCUCUUUCCAGACUGCCUCUUCCCAGCUGACUCUGAGCACAAUAAGUUAAAAGCCAGCCAGGCCAGAGACCUCCUGUCCAAGAUGUUAGUAAUUGACCCUGCCAAACGGAUAUCGGUGGAUGAAGCCUUACAGCACCCAUACAUUAACGUAUGGUAUGACCCAGCCGAAGUUGAGGCGCCUCCUCCCCAGAUCUAUGAUAAACAGCUUGAUGAGAGAGAGCACAGUAUAGAUGAAUGGAAAGAAUUAAUCUACAAGGAAGUGAUGGAUUUUGAGGAGAAGACUAAAAAUGGUGUUGUGAAGGGACAGCCAUCUCCCUCAGGUGCAGCAGUGAAUAGCAGCGACAGCCUUCCUCCAUCCUCAUCAGUAAAUGACAUCUCAUCUAUGUCAACCGAUCAGACCCUCGCAUCCGACACUGACAGCAGCCUGGAAACUUCAGCAGGACCCCUCUGUUGCAGGUGACUAACCGUCUGCCUGCGGAGCCACUUCUUCUUUAGAAAAUGAUGCAAAUACUAAAUACUCUGGAAAUGAACUAUUUAAAAAUGACCGUGGAAGUACUGAUGCUAAAAUAUUAUGUCAAAAUGCUUUGCUUAUGUCUCAUUCCACCAAAGCUGACAUUCAUUAAGAGUAUCAAGCAGCAUCAUUUCAAAGUACGUAAAUAUAUGUUUAUAAAUUAGCUCCCUGAAACUGGCUUUGAACUCAGAAGGUGAGCAGAAAAGAUACAGCAUUAUAGUUAAAACUAAAUGCACUUUUGUCUCCUUAAAGUUGCAAUAUGUGUCCCUAUUCUUAUUCAUUUUGAAUAUGCUUACUAUAAUCACUUAGUAGGAUUGCUAUAAAUGCCCACAUGCAUACCAGAAGGAUCAAAUUUGGGAAUGUGAUAAUAUUGUCAGAAUGAGAUAUAAAUCUAUUAAUCAAAGGAGAUAUAAAUCUAUUAAUCAUCUGAACAUUGAAUAUCAUUGCAGUUUGAAAACUAAUUUUUCUCUAAUUAAGGGUAGAUAAAUGCAUGUGGAAAAUGGCCAUGCACAGAUAAUAAUCUAUAAUGUUUUGUUUUGAUAUUUCUCGGCUGGCACUACUUGGCUACAAUCCAUAUUUGCCAAAUUCAUGCACUUAAGAAAGUCUUAUUAUGUUCCAAAUUUUAUAGAACAAUAUGUCUCUAAAGUGACAUUACCAUUGUGUUCUGUUAUACCAUUAUAAUGUAUUCAAAACUAAAUCAAAAGCCCUUCAGUAAAUUACAGCAAGUAAGCACAUAUUAUGGCGUUGAGGCAAAUCACUGACAGUGAUUCGAAUGGGAUAGGCAUAGCAAAGUUAGAAUUAUGCUCAGAUUGAGAGAUCUAUUGAAUUUCUGCUCAUAGCUUCAUCUGUAUUCUGGUUUGAGAAGGCGGUAACUUUUGACCACUAAAAUAAAGGACAUGCACAUAUAAAGCAAUGGCACACCUUGCUGUAGAUGGCUGCACGGUCUUUAGUUGCAUUUGCCUGUAGUUGUGCAUGAUCAAACUUCCAAAUAUAUUACAGUAAAUGGAAGGAAAAAGUUAUACCUAGUUGUAUUGUAAGCUAUAAUGUGAUACAUAAUGUAAACAGCCUGGAACUGAAAUAAUGUUGCUGUACUCUUAAACCCCUUAAAUGCUGAAUCUGCAUGGUCUCAUAAUUAGUCUUCUCUGUUCACAGGUAAACAUGGAGUUAUCUUCAAUUAUUGAAACUUGUAUUAAUGAGGAGGAAAUUACUACUUGACAUUAAAUCAAAAGCUUUAUCUGACAAGGAAAACAUUAGGGAUGAACAUUCAGGACCUAAGUGAUGCAAACUGUACCAAAAAAAAAUAGCACGGUGAUUUACAGUCCUGGUGAGAUCAUUGUAGAUAGAAUGGUACAAAUUCAAUUUAAAUUCAAGAUUGAAAUGACACAGUGGAGAAUGACACAGCUCUGACCAGAUUGAAUUGAUUGUUCAAUGGUAAAGACAUAGCCUCAACCAAAAUAGCUGAUUUCUAAAUUAAACUUUGAAAUGACUGACUGAUUGAGAAUCUGAAGUUUUUAGAAACAUUUUGUGGAUUAUUACAAAAGUAGUCAGGACUUUGUUUGCCUCGAGGCAAAGCAACACAGAUACCCAAAGCUAUAAAGCACAUGGGGACCAUUUUUAGCUACUAAUGUACCUAGGCAAAAAUACCUGUUCAAUGAACAUAUUUUUAGUUUAGUUUAACAUUUAAAAUAGAGAGAAGACUUCCUUGUUGUCUUGCCAUUUUGAGGGUAUUGUCUAGUUUCUUGAGGCAGCAGAGCCUUGCCAGGAGUGGGGGCCGAUUUGAAAUUCAGUCUCUGACUCUGGAGUUUGAUUUGAAACUUUAAGGCAACAUUUGAAGGAAAAUGAGGCUACACUACUGAAAAAUGUGACCCACUUUUUUAAGUACUAGUAUACCCUGGAUUUCUCAACUUCAGCAAAACUCUGCUCAGUGUACACACCUCACAUAUAACAAAAUGUUUGGGAUUAGCAGGCUUGUACUGCUGAGAUAGAUUUCUUAGAAGCCAACUAAUAUCAUAAAUUACUUUAUCCUUCUUUUGCAAUAGUACUUUUUCUUUAUGAAUUUCUGAAUUUUGUUACACCAUUAGCCCAUUACGUUUGCAAUUUCCACACCUCACCCUUGCCAACUUGGUAAGGUACACCUUACAUAUUGAAGGUAAAGUCCAAGUAAGUAACAAACAGAAACAGGUUGCAUUCUAGUCUGGGUAGCACUUGACCACAGUUACAAUAUCAUGCACAUCAAUGGCUGUUGCAAGCAGCAGCCCUUUUUAUGCAGUAACUUCAUCAAGCCCAUACUGUUUGAGAAAGAAGAAGAGCUGUGGGUUUUGUGGGAUUCAAAGUAGAUUAAGACCUUUCUUUGCCUGUGGAUGCUGACCUCAAAAAGAAGAGCAUGGAACAGGUUGUCAGCAGGUUAUAAUUUAGAGUUAGAGCUGAGGAAUUGUAUGGUCUGAACCACAUCAACUUUUCUCAGCUCAGCUCACAAAGCUGAGUUGUUCACAUUAUUUGUUUGAGCCAUGGCGCCCAGCAAUCCUCCAAUUUAACCCUAUCCUAAUCACGGGGCAAUAUACAAUUAAUCUACCAACCUGUAUGACUUUGGGAGGAAACCACAGCACCCAGAGGAAAUCCACAUGUAAUGUACAAACUCCUUGCAGGCAGCAGUGGGAAUUGAACCUGGGUCACUGGUACUGUAAACUGUUGUGCUAACCACUAUGCUAUUGUGCUGCAGUGGACCUCAGCCUGCAGGUUUGAGCAUGGGCAAUGCUACUGCCAGCACCCAUUCUACAUCUGUUCCAGAGAUGAAUCUCUAAAAGAGUCAAAUUUAGAUUUGUUUAUUUGUCAUGUGAGCAUCGAAACAUACAGUGAGUUAACAACUAACACAACCUAAGGACGUGCUGGGGGGCAGCCUGCAAGUGUUGCUACACAUUUCGGUCGGUCCCAGCACAGCAUGCCCAAAAUGUUCAGCAAAACAAAGCCCUUUCCAUCUUCCCACACACAGAGACAGUACUCCAGCCCCAGGCAGGUCACCUCCGGGUCUCUAUCCUUGUUCAUUUGCAGAUAGCAGGCUUCUGACUUCCCAAGUAGACAAAGACCUCAGCAGUCCUACGUCCGUGUUGUCAUGGCCUUUGAGGCCUAGGCUUCAGCCUGUUCUCCAACUCCCUUCAUUCCUGCUCCUAAACCCCAAUCUGACCCCUAACUCCCCUCUCUGUCUCCUAAACAAUUUCUGUGACCUUAAAGUGCAAGACAAGUCUGAGCCAAGAGCUUGACAAGGUCUGCAGUUCAGCACCGUCUUGGCUAGAAAGAGUCCUGUAUUUUGUUGCCUCAAUAAUGCUGUUUAACAAAACCUGUAUUAAAUAACCAAUGCUAUAACCCUCCUAGAAUUCAGUCAUCACAAGUUCUGGUCACUUGAACACCUCGGGCUUCCACCAUGAAGCAAAGCAUUGCCUUACCUUUAGAUGUGCAGCACUUAAAUGUCGGAGGUUUCUCCAUAAGCCUUUCUAAGUCCUAUCUUUGUAACCAAAUUUAUUGGCCAUCACAAUGCCAGCAAUGCUUCUCUGAGGCGUCUUUAAAUUUAUAUGCCAUAUACUUUAAUAGUAACCCCCAAGUUUGUAAGUAAUACAGUGAAGUAGCGUGAUCAUAAGAUGUUAUUGCCUCUGAGUGCUUGUUUCAGUUCCACAACAUUCCUGCUCUAAGCAACACUACAUGAAAUAUUUCAAAGAGGGAAAAUAAAAAUAAAAACUGAAAAACAAUUUGUCUUGUCAAAAGAAGUAUCAAAAAUGUGACAGGGAUGGAGCAUGCUAGACAAACAAUCAGCUUUACAGUAAUUAUUCCUGCAUCGUUCCAAUAAAUGGUAUCAUCGCAGUGGGACAAAUUGAGUACAUGUUGUCACAUAAAAUCAACUCUCAUAUCAUGUGAAAAUGAAUAGCCCUUGUUCCAUUGUAAAAAGAACUGCAGUUACUGGAUUUAGGAAGACCCAGCAGCUAAACAUCCCAAUGAAACUUUCACCUGUCUCUAUUAAAGAGCUGGGAUGAUUGAACAGCUUGCUCCAUUGGAUGAGGUAGGGGUCUACAGCUGUGUUCCAUUUGUUUUAAUUAUCUAAUAAGAUACUAUAAAUUCUAGUUUACCUUUCACAAUUUGACUAACAGAUUUAAUGAAAAGUUAAUAGGUUAUAGAGGACUUGGUCAACAAUAUUGCAGAAUUUGAAAAUUGUUAUUGAAUCUUAAUUGUAUUCUAUUUUAUGUCCAAACGAUUUCAGCACAAAGGGGUCUGAAUUAGUCAGCUCAGGUUCCAUUCACUAAAGUGUGUUCACAAAGCAUCGCAUAUUGAAUGGUACGGUCUAAAAAGUUUUAUUGCUGAAUUUUGUAAGCAGAUCAUUGCUAAUCACUGUGCUGAGGUACCCACUUCGGUCUUCAUGUUCGUCUAAAAACAAAUCAUCGACAUGACAAGAUAUAAGAACAUUCCUUUCCGAUUUCCUAUAUGUAAGUGCUUCACUUCAGGAAAUUUCUCCUGGACUGUCUGAAUGGAAUAAUGUCGCUUAUGGAAAGUUAUGUUCAAAUUUUUAAAGUUACGAAGUUAAAAGUUCAGCUAAUUAAAAUGCAGCAUCCCUGCAUGCAUCCUACCUGAGGCUUCUGUCCUGCAGACUUGUAAUAAAGAUGCUUCCUGUAAAGCUGAAUCACAAAUUAUAAUAGCAUAUAGAAUGCUUCUCUUUCUGAAGGUAUGUGAAGCACAGUCUGGUUAUACUAAAAAUCAGAGGGGCUACUGUAAAGUUUCCUGGAUCUGUCAAUCAAUCAGCAAUCAUUUUUAUAAAGGUCAUCUUCAACUGAAUGUACUUCUCUUCCCUUCAUAAUUUUGUAGCUCCUCUUUUUUUGGAAAAGGAGGGGCUUGUACAAGUGUGACUAACUGACAAGCAAAGCUCCUGCCUUUUGAUUUGCUGAAUCACUGUAAUAGCAAUAUCACUCAGCUUUCAGGUUAAUUUGGAAUGUUAGUGAGUCCCAUCAGAAAUGAAGUGGGGUUAUUUGGGGUUGGGAAAGGGAUGGCAAAGCUAUUUUGUCCUAGAAUGAGCCAUACCUGGAAUGGUUGAAAUGAGAUGUCCAUAACUGUAGCCAGCAUUGAUGGGGAUAGGGGCAAAAUAUCAAGAAUAACAAAUUCAAAUAAAGGACCAUCCAACACCAGAUAAUGCCUUUCUAAGCUUGGUGUGAUUAUUCGAUUAACUGGCUGUAGAGAAAAAAAAGCUGUUUUUCCAGUUAAUUAAAUAAAUGAUGAUUAUUUAAUGACUGCCAAAUCCUUGUUAAUGGUGAGGUGACUUCCACAGUUGCUUGUUUGUGGAAGUUAUGCAAAGGGGAAAAGUAAUAACUGGAUGUGACAGCUCUAUUUGGGUAUCUUUCCGAUUAUGGAAGGGGUUUACAAAGAAAAAACAUGUUUUGUUUGGGGAAGAGGAUUUUAUAUAAAAAGUAAUGUUUAAAAAUAUUUUAAUGAGACUUCUCAAUACCAUUUGUCAGUUUAACUCAAAGUAUGUUCAUAACGUCCAGAUAUUUUCACUUAAACAGCGGUGCAAUAAGAUUUCUCUCUGAAACCGCACCAUUACGAUGAGGUCAGCUGCGAUCACAACUGGAAUCCGAUGUGAUGACUUUGUGUCAGGUUUGAUUUUAAACAAACUCCGGUGGUUGCUUGUUUUAUUUUGUACUGUUUGUGAUCAAUUUUGUUAGGAUGUAAGAAUGAGUCAACAGCAGUGCUUAGGAAGAUGGUUCCUCAAGGUCCAGCUCCAGGAUAGGACCUGACUUUUAAAAUCAAGUCUGGACAGAAAAUAAAGCACUCAAGAUUUUAAAGCUACCAUCUA